AUGAAUAGACUUUUGCUACUUGCCAGUCUAUUGCUAGCACCAUCGUCGGCUUUCCAAACCGCCAACCAUUCACCCAAGCAAGAGCAAUCGUCAUUGCUCGAAAGCACCAGGAGGCAAUUUCUUGGAACUGCUGCCUCAAUCGUUGCCACUGGCGUCCUCCUGCCCUCGCCUUCAAGUGCUAAUGACAAAUCCUUUGCUCCAGGUGGUACUCUUGUAGACUAUGAAGUUGGCGUCAACGUCGGAAAUUCAGAGGCAAGCGUAUCCCGAAAGCCAGAUAAUUCGAACGUAAUUUUUGGGCAGGACUAUUACUACAAAUUCGGUACUGCUCCGACUUGGAUCGAGGAUGGCAACACUGAUUUCCCCAAGACCAUGCCUUUCACCCCAUCCCAACAGCGUUACGAUACUUUGAAAAAGUACGGAGAGCGUGUCCGCAGGGGAGUUGUGGAAAUAUCAUCUAUUGGAAAGAAGAUUGAAAGCAAUGAAUUCAACAGUAUUCUUGAUGGGUCAGCCCCAGAAUACUUCAUUCGCCCAAUGGGGCUAAUGGCGAACGGAUUCCUCGCAUCAGAAAACACAGGUACCACGAAUGAGCUACUUCUUGGUCGAUGGUACAUCAAUGAAAUCGCCCUGGAUAUUGAUGAUAUCAAGAAUGCAAAGUCAAAGCAAGAAGCCCUGUCGGCAUUUAGUGCGGCCAAGAAAGCUACAAACUCUUAUUUGAGCCUUGUCAAUCGCGUCAUUAUUCCAAAGGUUGGCGACAAGCUAGAACUAAUCUAA